UGAUGGUUGUGACGGAGUGAAAAAAAGGGAGGAGUAUGAGGAAGGGAGCACUUAUUUUCCGCCAUAUUUCCAAGCAGUUGAUUAAAUGUAGUGGAAAUAUAUACUUUUCACUCUUUAUCUCAUGCUAUCAUCACUGUGGAUUUUGCACUGGAUUGAAAUAAUACAUUCUGCUACUGUUUGAUUAUUCUACAUUACCGGGAUCUAAUGGCAUGUAUCUAUCUUUAAAAAACGCCUUCAGUGGAAUUACUAUUUAUUUACUCCAUUUUCCUUGUAUCUUUUACUUCUCAUAACUAAAACAAAAUCCUGUGUGAUUUUUUAUAAAUUGUGUGUUAGGUAUCAAUAUCAUAUGAAGUCAUUAUUUUCCAAAGUUCUGUUUUUUAAUCGAUGGAAGUAUACACAUAACUGUAGGAAGCUUAUGUUACUCUCCAGAAGUCUGAAGAAAGUCAAACGAGAAGGCUAUAAUUUUAAGCUAUUCAUCCACGAGCUUUACAAUCCGGUACUCCGUAAGAUAUAUUGACUAUUGGUGAAAUCCAUAAUCAAGGGGACUUGGUGUCACAAAGGAUAAGCUUUUAUCGAUGAUUACCAAAUGAAGAAAAGCAAGUCAUAAUUGCUCUUUGGAUACCAUAAUGAGCUUUAGCAGUGACGAAGUUAAUUUCCUUGUAUAUAGGUACCUACAAGAAUCAGGUUUCAUUCAUUCGGCAUAUACUUUUGGAAUUGAAAGUCAUAUCAGCCAAUCAAAUAUCAAUGGAGCUUUGGUUCCUCCUGGGGCUUUACUAAAUAUUAUUCAGAAAGGUCUACAAUACACAGAAGCUGAAAUAAGUAUUGGAGAGGAUGGCUCAGAAAGAGGAAUUGAAUCACUACCACUCAUUGAUGCAGUUAUGCCAGAUGUUGUAGAGUCAAGGAAACAAGCUGCUGCAAAAGCUCACCAAAUAAAGACAGAGAAUGCCAACACUAAUGGAGAAGAUGCUUCUCAUUCGCUAGUGAACCAUACUGAUACUAUGGACAUUGAUGGCACCCUGGAAAUUCCCAGCAGUAAAGCUACUGUAUUAAGGGGACAUGAAUCAGAGGUGUUCAUAUGUGCAUGGAACCCUACAAAUGACCUGUUAGCCUCUGGUUCAGGAGAUUCAACUGCUCGGAUAUGGAAUAUGAAUGAUAACAGCAAUAAUGCUAACCAGUUGGUUCUUCGUCAUUGUAUACAGAAAGGGGGAACAGAAGUUCCUAGUAAUAAAGAUGUUACUUCUCUUGACUGGAAUUGUGAUGGUACGCUCUUAGCGACAGGAUCCUAUGAUGGCUUUGCUAGAAUAUGGAGUACUGAUGGCCAACUGGUAAAUACACUUGGUCAACAUAAAGGACCCAUAUUUGCUCUGAAAUGGAAUAAACGAGGAAAUUAUAUUCUUAGUGCUGGUGUGGAUAAGACAACAAUUAUAUGGGAUGCCAGUUCAGGACACUGUACACAACAAUUUGCAUUUCACUCUGCUCCUGCGCUGGACGUUGACUGGCAGAGUAACACAAGUUUUGCUUCCUGUUCAACUGAUCAGUGUAUACAUGUUUGUAAAUUAGGUGUGGAAAAACCAAUAAAAACAUUCCAAGGCCAUACAAAUGAAGUAAAUGCAAUCAAAUGGGACCCACAAGGUUUACUCCUGGCAUCUUGUUCAGAUGAUAUGACAUUAAAGAUAUGGAGUAUGCGACAAGAUCAGUGUGUCCAUGAUUUACAAGCACAUGAUAAAGAAAUUUAUACGAUCAAGUGGAGUCCUACAGGUCAAGGCACUAACAACCCUAAUGCCCCAUUAAUAUUGGCAAGUGCAAGUUUUGACUCAACAGUUCGGUUAUGGGAUGUUGAGCAAGGUUCUUGUAUCCACACACUAACGAAGCAUCAAGAGCCUGUCUAUAGUGUAGCUUUUAGUCCAGAUGGAAAAUAUUUAGCAAGCGGAUCCUUUGAUAAAUGUGUUCAUAUCUGGAAUGUACAGAGUGGAUUAUUGGUACACAGUUACCGAGGAACUGGUGGAAUAUUUGAAGUUUGUUGGAAUUACCGUGGUGAUAAAGUUGGAGCCAGCGCCUCGGAUGGUUCAGUUUUUGUCUUGGAUUUACGGAAGUGAUCUCAAGUUGCUACUGCAUUUAAUGUUACCUGCUACAAAUGAUUGUGUACCCCAGGAUGAAAGAUGGCGACAAGCAUUACGUCAGCAACAGUAGUUGGCUCACCAGCUGACUGAGGGUAACACUACCAGCUGGCAGGUGUUCCCUUUCAGAUCCAAGGCACCUGGACUCAGUGAUGCUGCAUACAAACUAAAAUUACAUUCAUACGAAUACACACACACACAUACACAUUUGCACGCAUACAUGUCACAUCAAGGCGGCAGCAGCAUGCCCCCUCAGAUCUGUCCAACAGGAAGUAUUUGUCCUGUCUUGUUUUAUUUGUAAGUCAAUUCAGCUAUCUGACAAUGGCUUAGCAAUGAUAUUAAAAACAAAAUAUAAAAAGUUCCCUUCCCUAGCUUUGUCAUUAUGAGAAGUGAGCAAGAUUCCUGUAAUUAUUGGUUCUAAAUAAGUUUGAUCUCCUUAUUAGUUUUAUGCCUCUCAUAGCAUAUGUUGUGACAGUAAUGACCAUUCCUUUUCCUAGCUUUAGUGGGGUUUUUUUCUGUUUUAUAACUGUGUAUAAAGCUGCUGAUUCUUUUACCGAAAUAUGUUGCCUUCUCUUUUUGCUCAAGGUGCAUCUCUGUCUAUCUUAAUCUGCAUUAUCUUUUCGCAAAUGAAAUCAUGAAAGUAGAGCAAAUAUUUUUUACCUCUGUUCAUUUUUCUGGUCCACUAGUGGAAUAAUUUUUGUUAUAAAUUUUUAAAAAAUUUGUGUCAUUUUUCAGUUUUUAUAUAUUUUAAACGUUUCUCUGCAUUUAGUCUUAUUUAGUCAUUUUUGUUUAAGUUAAUCCUCAUAAAAUUUGAUUGCUUUACCAGUCUCAUUGUUUGAAAAAAAAAAAAUAUCUGUGCAUAGUUUAAAAUGUGUGAAUUGAUAGUGUGUAUGAUUUUUAUGUAAUAUUUUUGAGAUAGAUUGAACUAUUUUUUAUGUAUUUUCAUAUCUGGGUAUAUUACAGAUUGUAUUAUAUUUGGAUUCAGGCAUUAAUGGUUAUCAUAUAUUUUGUUGAUUCUUGAAAAAAAAUCAUUAAUUUGUUGGGUUUUAAGCUUAACAUUUUUGCAUUAUGAUUUGAUUAAUAUGUAUACAUAUAUAUAUAUAUAUAUAUAUAUAUAGCUCACACUAUUGAAGGUAACAUAAUUUCUUAUGUAAAAUAUGAAAGGUUAGUAGGAAAAGCUGAGAUGAUAGAAUGCAUUAGAAACUUCUUUCAAAUUUUUAUCACUGUUUUUAGCUAAAAAUUUUAUUGAUGUUGACUUCUGUUGCUCAUCUUUCUGGUUUUCAUAAAUGUCAGUGUUAUACUGGGUUUUUUUUUUUUUUUCCUUUAAUGAUUACACUUCUUUCGAAGAAAAGAAAACAGUUUUUCAUGUCUCAUCAAAAGAAAUCAAUAUUAGAUAUAUUGAAAAAGAAUAUUAGAUAUUAAGAUAUCAAAGAAGGCUAUUAGCUAUUAUCAUGGUUUGGUUAUUGUGGAAUAUCUCAGUAACAUUUCUUUUUUUUUUUUUGUUUGGAUAUCUUGCAUUGCAGUCUGUUUCGAGUGGGUGAAAACUAAGAUAAUUCAAUAAUCUGAAAGAUAGCAAUCUGAACUGACAGAAACUUUUGGAAGUGUUUCUGCAUAUGUGUUUGACUUUCUGUGUUUGUGCACAAAUUUGUAGUGCACCUACAUGCACAGUAUCUUUACUCAAGAGCUUUUGCAGCAGCAUGCAAAAAGAAGAGGGUUAUAUUUUAUUCUUGUUUACAUAUCAGUGUCAUUGGUAGUGAUGAAUUUUGGUUGCAAAAUCUUUGGCUAGCUACCAGUUGGCUUUAUCAAGUAAUUAAGUUCAUUCAAAAUGUCUUUUGCUGGUAGUUCUAUCUCUUGUCAUUUUAACGUUUUUGGUUCAGUAAACCUUAAAUAGUAAGAUACAAGCAGCAUGUCCUGUAAUUUUUAUAUAUACCUACAUACCCGAACUUUUAAGUAUGUUAGCAAUUACUUCUUGAAGGAAUUUGUAAUAGGUUUUGAUUAAACAUUACUUGUUUUUAGUAUAAAUAUUCAGAUUUUCUGUUUUAAUAGGAAAAUAGACUUACUUAAUUUUAUUGAUACGAUAUACCAUACCCUUACUCAAUUGAUUCAUAUAUUUUAUCUUUUCCUAAUUUAGUAUUAGGUAUUUUGUAGGUAAAACUGAACUGCCAUAUGUAGCAAUUUUCACUGUUGAUUCCUUCUAUUUAUAUCUAAUAUCCUAAAUUUUAAAAACUAAUGGGAGAUCACUUCAAGACCGAUAAAUCAAAUGAUGCAAGCUCCAGGUGAAAAUAAUGACAAUAUUUUCCCCCAUUACUUGGUGAUGAGGGAGUGUUAAUCUUUUUAUUGUAUAAUAAAAUAAAAAAAAAAAAUUGAAAAGAUAAA